AUGCUGAUUAGACUCAGCAGACUAGCUCAUGACGGAAGAAGGAAGAAAUGUUGCUUUAAAGGGACACUGAAAUCCUUUAGGGGAGUCCUAGGAGGGGGCGGAUUAUAUGCAGAAGCAAUACGUAAUGUUAAAGGGAAUUUGACCAUCUUUGAGGUGGCCAGAUUGUUUGUGCAGCACUACACCUUACUUGCCUGCCAAUCUAAGGGGCAGUUGGUUUCUGGCCAGAAUUAUCUAUAUAACGAUAGGAAGAAUAAAACAGUAUUCUGGGUUGCUCUCCCUUCACCUUCUAAAAGAUUCAAUAAAGGAAAGCUCCACAGUCAAGACACUCAAAAUGAAUACAGAUCAGCAAAAAGUGAAUGA